AGCUUUAAGGCCGUUGAAGCGUCUUCCUCCACACUGACAGUGUGACUGAUGUUCUAUGUUGAAUGUUUACACUGAGUCACAUGAUCACACCCGUCUUAUGCAUCAUUUCACAAAAAUCUCAAAAAUCCAACCAACACAUUUAGUGUCUUUGUAAGUUUUGGAUCUGAAGUAGAGUUUUAAAUAAAGUUGUGCAGGUUUGAAUGAAGCAUGAGAAGGUCGCUGUAUUUCUGAAGGUCUGUUGUGUUUGUGCCGCAGCUCCGUGAUGCUCUCUGCUGGCUGACGGUCUAACUCCGCCAUGUCGACCUCAGACUCGGAUUGCUCCAUCGACUGGCUCGCCAGCGACGAGGACGACUACGACGGCCUGAAGACGUUAAGUCCUCAGCAGGCGGAGGAGCCGCCGGAACCGCCGUCAUCGCCUUCAUCGUCAACCUCAUCAGUAAGGGAAUCUCCUACGAGCUGCUUCCACUGCGGAGCGACCCAGAGGAGGAAGAGGAGGAGCGACCACCGUGAGGUUGAUGCUGACUCUCCAUCCGCCCCGCAGACCCCGGCGGUCAGUCCAGUUCAGGGAUUUACCUCUGUUUACACGCCGCAGACGCUCUCUGGGGAGUCCAGGCAUCAUUCAACCAGGAAGAGAGCGUACGGCGCCGGUCCGGGCGCGCUCUGUGAAAACCCUCCGGCAGACACUGAAAACGAACUGUUCUCGCAGAAGUGCACGGAGCUGCAGUGCUACAUCCAGCCCCUGUCGGCCAUCCUGCGGGGCCUGAGAUCAGGCAGGUACUCUGAACGUCUCAGCAGUUUUCAGGAGAGCGUCGCAAUGGACCGCAUCCAGAGAAUAAUGGGGGUCCUUCAGAAUCCAAACAUGAGUGGACGCUUCCUCGGCAUCGUGCUGAAAAUAGAAGAAAUGCUUCAGAGCUGGUUCCCUCAUAUCAAACCUGGUCUGAGCCAGACGGACGGCGGCUCGCCGGCCAAGAAGCCAAAGCAGCAUCGGAGCAGCGCCCCCCCUCUCUGCUCCUCAGACGUGGCGCCGGCUCCCGCGGCCUCAUACUCCUCCACCCACCUCAAAUGGCUUCACACGUCGCCCAUCUGCUCCCUGAAAAUUCCUGAAUCCACGCUCGGCCGGCGCGCCGCCUUCGCCUCCCCUCCGCCCGCACGCCGCAGCCAGGAAGUGACCCAGGACAACGCCGUCUCCUCCAGCACCGACCUCCACACGGGGCCGGCGCGCCGCCUCCACACCGACCCUCGUCUGUGCCGGGGGCCGCUGCCCUUCAAGAUCAGCUCGCCGUGUCUGGAAAGACUCCUGCGGGCGAAGGAGAGCAUCAUCGCUCCCAGGACUGUGAGAGACGGCGGCUGGCCGUCUUAGCCGAGGACCUUCAUGUGCUGAUCUGAGGUCAGAUCUGGGUCACUCAGGCCCCACGUGGCUUCCUCAAGAUACUAAAGGCCUUAAAAAAAGCAUGUUUCAAAGUCUUCUCCAUCUUUUUUAAAUCUACAGUCGAUGUGCAGUUCAGAUUUCAGGAGAAGAUGCAACCCUGGUUUAAAAAGCCGGCGAGGAAACAUUUAAAAACCGUUCGAAGCUUAAACUGUCGUCAGAGACGAAGGACGAGGGAACGCACAGGAGCCACGAGCUCGUCUGAAGGCGCGGACCGUAUUUCUGGAUCUGAACAUGAAUGAAUGCACAUUACAGACUCCAGAUUUUCAUACCUGAACACUUUGACUGUUACUUCGUUUGAUCUGCUUCUCUUUAGGUUUUUAAUGAUUCCUCUACCUCAUGCCGACACCACGACACCGCAUCGACAGAGCAAAACCAGGGUCACAAAACCAUCAAGAGUAUUUAAAGAUUUCAUGACGCGGCCCAGUUUUUCAUUGAAUCGCCUGGAAAUCAUCCACUGAAGCACCAGUAAAGAUAGAACGAUGUGAUGUGAUGUGAUGAUGUUCUCGCGUGUGAAGACCUUCAGGCUGGUGAAUGUUGAGGACUUCCAAUAACAGCAGAUAUCUGGUCACCAGUGGCGACUGAACCUGUGAACAUUUACGUUUUAACGUCGCUUUGAAGCAGAGACCCGAGAGGAGGUUUAGAAACAUCUCCUGCCACAAUUUAAAGCUAAACGAGCUCAGAGUGCGUCUUACAACAAUACUCAUGUGCAGUUUGAGAGCGUUAGCGGUCGCCGCGCGGUCCUCGAUCUGCGUGGGAUUCAUCCCAAACUUCAGCUGAAGUCCUGGCAGGCGUGUGCAGGCUGAUUAUUGUUCCAGCAACAGACCAGCACGACUGUCAGAAAGCGUCCCUCCACCACAGCUCGGCGAGGGCAGUGACCAGUUUCAGUUGGUCUAACUUGUGUUAGCUUCAGCGCUGACAGUUACUAAGAGAUCACUUCACAGGCUGAAAUGACGGGAGGAAUAAUUACAACUGCCAGAGAGAGACUUUUUACUCAAAACUCAAAGUACAGUUGAAAUGUGGGAAAUGGAAAAAGUCAGAAUUCAGUGUGCGUCCGUGCAGCAGGCUGUGUUGUAUUGUCUUUCUGACUCGCUGCGUGUUUCCUGUUAACAUCAGUCUUCUCGCUAAAAUGCUCAAAAGCAGCGAGCUGCGGUCUGACGGACAGUCACAACAAACCGUGGAAGAAGUAACGAGUGCAGGCAUUUUGGAUUUGACACCACAGCUCACUUUUUAACUGUGACAUUACAGGACGGACAAACAAACCGCCUGUUAGCUGUUACCUUGUCACUCAAGUCUUCCAAUUAAAGGACUUAUUAAAGGUCAGAUCUGCAGCACAGUUCAGAUGUGGGAGGUGAAUUAAUUGGACAGAAUUACACGUCGAGGCGUGUUUCUAUCAGUCGGUGCGUUUUUCAGUCUCAUGGUCGGUUCUGUUUUACACGUGAAGCGUGUUUCUACUCUUAAAGUCCAUUUUCUUUCAUUCUGUGUUUGUUUGACCGACAUUCAGUGCAGUACCUGAACGCCUCAUGUGCAGACAGACUGAGGGCUGAAGCUGCGUUCACUGACAGGCUGCGUGGACUGGGAAAAGGGAAACAGCGACCGUUAGCUCUGUGUGUGAGUAUUGUUUUAAGACAGUUUGAACUCACAUGUAGAGGUUUUCCUUUGUGUACAUAGUUUUUUUUUCACAUUUUAUUUACUCCCCUCAAAGAUGGCCUUUGUGAUAUUUUUUACUUCUGAAAUAAAUGUGAUGUCUGCUUUCUGAACUGAAAUGUUCGUGUCUUUUUUCAGCUUCAAACAGCAAACCUCAGCAGACGAACAACAGAUCAGUUAUGCAGCAUUUAUUGUUGGUUUUUUUUGUACGCUUUGGGAAACUCGGCAUCGGCAAUGAAAACAAUAAAUAUGGAUAUUAUGCAAAACAUUUUCCUAAUGAAGCAUUUUACACAAUGUACAAUAUUCUUUCUUCUCCACCACUUGCUUGAAUAUUCUAUACACAUUUCCAAACAAAUGAACAUAGCUCCAUGCAGAAACCCUGAAAAUGGGAUGUGGAGUAAUGGAAAAAAAAAAAAUUAACACUAAAUGCACUUCUCGUGUGGAU